GCCCAUCUCCCACCUCGUCUCCUCCCCCCCCGCCAGUUUCUCCACUCUUCGUCUUCACCUCGUUGUCUCAGCACCCCCCUUCCCACUUCAACUCGUCUUCGGCCGGUCUUCACGUCGCAUCCGCGUCAACCUCCACCUCGUCACCCUCGUCGUCCUCGUCUCUGCCCCCCCCCACCUCGUCUCCUCCCCUCCUCACGCCUCGUCGACUCGCCUCCACUUCGUCUCAACUCCUACGACUCGCCCACCUCGUCACCCUCGUCUCCACCAUUACACACCUCGUCACCCUCGUCUCCACCAUUACACACCUCGUCACCCUCGUCUCCACCAUUACACACCUCAUCACACUCGUCUCCACCAUUACACACCUCGUCACCCUCGUCUCCACCAUUACACACCUCGUCACCCUCGUCUCCACCAUUACACACCUCGUCACCCUCGUCUCCACCAUUACACACCUCGUCACCCUCGUCUCCACCAUUACACACCUCGUCACCUCUCCAAUCUCCACACACCUCGUUACCUUCAAUCUCCACACACCUUGUCACCUUCAAUCUACACACACCUCCUCACCUCGUCACUCCCCCUGUCUCCACCCACCUCGUCACCCCUCCUGUCUCUCCCCACCUCGUCACCCCCCCCGUCUCUCCCUACACCUCGUCACCCCCCCUGUCUCUCCCUACACCUCGUCACCCCUCCUGUCUCUCCCCACCUCGUCACCCCCCCUGUCUCUCCCUACACCUCGUCACAUCUGCUGUCUCUCCCUACACCUCGUCACCCCCCCUGUCUCUCCCCACCUCGUCACAUCUGCUGUCUCUCCCUACACCUCGUCACCCCUCCUGUCUCCACCCACCUCGUCACCCCCCGUCUCUCCCUACACCUCGUCUGCGCUGCCUUGAGGAGGGGAACGAUGGCGGGACGCGGCGUCCGCGCCCUGCUGCUGUGGCUCUGCGUGGCCUCCGCCUCCCCCGACGGACCCGUCAUCACCUUGGGGCCCGAGAACCAGGAUGCACUGGUGGAGCAGGAGGCGUCCUUCACGUGCCACGUGACGGCCUCCCCACCAGCCGAGAUCACCUGGUCCCGCAACCACGUGCCCGUGAGGCGCUUCGAUGCGCGCUACCGGCUGGGCGAGGGCGGGCAGCUGCUCACGGUGGUGACGGUUGAGGAGCCGGACGCGGGCGUGUACUGCUGCACCGCCUCCAACGGGCACGGCACCCCGGCCAACGCCUGCGCCGCCCUGCAGGUCAAGAUGAAGCCGCGCGUCACCCGGCCGCCCGGCGACGUCACGGUUGUGGCGGGCGCCAAGGUGGUGCUGCCCUGCAUCUCCAUGGGCAACCCCACCCCGGCCAUCUCCUGGACCAAAGACAACGCUCCUCUCAGGGAGUCGAGCCGCGUGUCGGUGCUGGCGUCGGGGAACCUGCGCGUGCGGGGCGCCACGCGCACGGACGGCGGCCUCUACCGCUGCGCGGCGCGCAACAGCCUCGGCGUGGAGUACUCGCGGCCCGCCCUGCUCACCGUGAACGAGAAGAGCGUGGACCACGCAAGUGCUGAAGGUCCUGCGCGCAUGCUGCAGGCCCCAGAGGCCGAGUAUCAGGUUCGGCACGGGGCCGAGCUGGUGCUGCUGUGUCGAGCUCGGGGCCUCCCUCCUCCCACACUCACGUGGACGCGUGACGCUGCCCCCCUGCCUCCAGAGCUCUCGCCGGAGGUGGUGACGCGCGGCGCGGUCACGGAGUCCUGGGUCCGGCUCCGCGUCUUCCUCUCCGCCAACUUCGCGUGCCGCGCCGACAACAUUCACGGCAGCGCCGAAGCGCGCACACGUGUCUCCCUGCAGGGGGAGGGGCCCGGAUCACCAGGCGAGGCGUCGACGGCUCCGACGACUCCAUCCCCCGCGCGCGGCGCCGUGGCCCCGGCAGUAGAGGUGGCUCCAGCGCGCGGCGGCGUUGGCGGAGGUGGUACCGCUGGAGCAGCCGGUGCUGGCGGUAGCGACCGUGGCGCCGGCGGUAGUCACGGCGGCGUUGGUGCCGGCGCCGGCGUUGGUGUCGGCGCCGGCGCUGGUGGCGGCGGCGGCGAUGACGGCGGUCGCCGUGGCGGCGACGGUGCUCGCCACGACGCGGGCACGCCGGAGCACGUGGCGCCGCCCCCCGUUGCGGCGUCGGCCACGCACUCCAUGCUCGUGGUGAUCUCGCUCGUGUCCGGCCUGGGCGCGACCGCGCUGCUCGUGCUGCUGGGGGCCGCCGUGUGCAACGCCGUGCGGCGCCAGCAGCAGCAGCGGCACAAGGAGCGCCAGGACGGGCCCGGCGAGCGGGCCGGCCCGCCAUGCGAGGCGCCCUCGAACCACGUGCUACUGGAGCGGAUCCCACCCAACCCCAUGUACCAGCGCCUGUCCAGCCUGCUGAGCUCGCGGCUGCAGAGCCUCGAGUACCCGCGCAACAACAUCCAGUACGUGCGCGACAUCGGCCAGGGCGCCUUCGGCCGCGUCUUCCAGGCCAGGGCCCCGGGGCUGCUGGUGGGUGAGGCGAUCACCAUGGUGGCCGUGAAGAUGCUGAAGGAGGAGGCUUCACCAGACAUGCAGGCCAACUUCCACCGUGAGGCGGCGCUCAUGGCGGAGUUCACGCACCCCAACAUCGUCAAGCUUCUGGGAGUGUGCGCCGUGGGCAAGCCCUUCUGCCUCCUCUUCGAGUUCAUGCCGCACGGAGACCUCAACGAGUACCUGCGGCGCUGCAGCUCCGAGGCGGCGCUGGCGGCGUCGUCGCCGGCGGCAGCGCCGACGGUGACGACGGCGACGACGACGACGCAGGGUGACCGCUCCACGCUGUCGGCUCAGAGCAGCGGCUCGGAGCCCGUGUCGCUGUGCUGUGCCGACAAGCUGUUCGUGGCCACGCAGGUCGCCGCCGGCAUGGCCUACCUCGCCGAGCGCAAGUUCGUGCACCGGGACCUCGCCACGCGCAACUGCCUCGUCGGCAACCGCCUCGUCGUCAAGAUCUCCGACUUCGGCCUCUCGCAGAGCAUAUACGCGGCCGACUACUACAAGGCGAACGAGAACGACGCCAUCCCCAUCCGCUGGAUGCCGCCCGAGUCCAUCUUCUACAACCGCUACACGAGCGAGUCGGACGUGUGGGCGUUCGGCGUCGUCCUCUGGGAGAUCUUCUCGAACGGCCUGCAGCCCUACUUCGGCAUGUCGCACGAGGAGGUCAUCUACUUUGUGCGCGACGGCAACGUGCUCGCGUGCCCCGACGGGUGCCCGCUCGACCUCUACAACCUCAUGCGCCUGUGCUGGGCGCACGCGCCCGCCGACCGGCCCAGCUUCGCCAGCGUCCAGCACGUGCUGGCGCGCAUGCACGCGCAGCUGACGGCGCCGGCGCCAUGAGUCGCGAUGGGGAGCCGCCACCUUCCCCACCGCGUCCCUCGUCCGGGACGCGCUCGCGCUCUCUCGCUCGUUACACUGACGGGGCGCUGGCGCCCCUGCAGCCGCGGGCCCGUGCCGUCGCCGGUUCCCGCCCCAGUGGCGGCUUUGGCCAAAUUAGGUGCCUCUCGUGCUCAGCGCGGGGGUUCAUUCUGCCCCGGAGAGCCCUGCCGUGGCUCCGGUGGCACUCCCGUGUUCUGCCUAGUGGGGGCCCCAUGCUCAGCCGGGGGGAGUUCAGUUUGUACUGCCCGGAUUGGCUCCAGGACAUCCGUUCUCGGUCGGGGGACUGCGUGCCGACCACGGGGUCUCUGUGAUCGCCCAGAGGACCCGUACCCUGGUAUCUGGAUCCCCGUCUUGAGCCUCUAGGUCCCCUAUCUAACCCAGGGGGCUCUUGUCUGGGCCCUGGAGUUCUCUAUACCGGCCCUGAUAGCUCCUGUCUGUCCCUGCUUGUCUGUCCCUGCUCUCUGACUAUAGGGUCCCUGUGUGAUGCUUAGGGACAACUUUGACCCGACGGGCCCCUGUCCACGCAGGAAUGUGGGCUGUGGGCCCCGGUCGAACGCGUGGGUGUGUGAAUGAGCGCUUUUCAUUGCCGCUCCGACGGCAGUGGGGGAGCGUUUUUUUUCUCUCGAAAGGUCGCGAUGAAAUAAAACGAUUCUUUUUCGAUUUAAAGCUUUCGUGACUGCAGGGAUUAAUAUUAUUGGUUCUUUUGGUAAAGUCACGUAGAAGGGAAAUAAUAAAAUAAUAAAAAUAAAACAAUACAAUUUUCACGACGUUUCAAUUGCAACACAAGCAAUCAUGAUCAGGUGUGAAAACCACAGCAAGAAAAUUUGUUGCAAUCGAAACGUCGUGAGAAUUUUAUUGUUUUAUAUUUGUAUUAUUUUAUUAUUUCCCUUUUACGUGACUUUACCGAAAGAACCAAGAAGAUGAAAACGAUUCGUGUUCACAUGCGAGGCCUGGGACGGCGCUCGGUGAUUUACUAUACCUGGAGUUUCCGCCAAUGACCUCGGCGCUUUGACAUGAACUACGGACACGUGUGUUAAUGCGCUGUCGCGAUGUACAUUGAGUAGGGGGUGCAAUGAUUCAUCUGAAUUCUCUAUCCCAUGACGAUGCAUCAAAUCACGUAAGAAUGAAAAUGUUUUUUUCGAUUUGUACGCACUGUAUUUAAUUACUUCAUACCAUUGCCCUUGCAGACACUGGAGGCGCUACAAUUCUCUGCAAUGUGAACAUACGUUUUUUCACGAAUUGAAUCUCCACCCCGAGAUGUAACAUUGUGUAAUAAUAACCAGCACGGGGCCGGCGGGCGGGCGGGCGGUGGGGGAUAAGUAGGAUUUGAAAUUGGAACAUCAGCCAUGAUCUAUCCACUGCUGGACGAAUGCCUCCCCACGCCAUCGCUGUAUCUCGACGUCUCAACUGGAAGAUGGGACAAACAUCGGCCGAUGCCAUCAACCCGGCAACCGAACAUCAACCAACGAUCCCCCGGGUCUCUGGAGCAACGACAACUCGACCGGCUCGCGAUGCCACGAAAUGCGUCUGGCUCCUGCACACGAGAGGUUGAUCUCGUCGCUCCACCCGCGACGGCAGUCGCCUUCUCGUUCCCGCUCCCUCUUGGCUGACGUUUCAUCCCCAGUCUCGUCCACUGGCCCGUUAUUUCUCCGAGGCCGUGCUGUGUGUCCUGUUCCGCGAGCCGGCUUAACUAUUCCGAAUGGUUAACGUUGUCUCCCAUCGGCAUUCGUGGUCCCGAUCUGUUGCGUUCCUCUUGAUUUGUCUCGGUGUAUUUUUUUGCAGUAAUACAUCGCACCACACUUAUGUGCAUGCAGAUACUCCUCUACUUACGAACAUUCGACUUACGAACUUUCAGAGAUAUGAACCAACCUGGUCCAUACGUCCAGUUGCGGCUGUUCGGACCGAGAGUCGUAAGUUCAACGGCCACGCAAUAGAUGGCGGCGGUGGCAUCUACAUCUGCAGAACGUGAAGAACCAGUGGCAUCUACAUCUGCAGAACGUGAAGAACCAGUGGCAUCUACAUCUGCAGAACGUGAAGAACCAGUGACAUCUACAUCUGCAGAACGUGAAGAACCAGUGGCAUCUACAUCUGCAGAACGUGAAGAACCAGUGACAUCUACAUCUGCAGAACGUGAAGAACCAGUGACAUCUACAGGAGAUUUGGCAACUUUUAAAGCCAUUCUCUGUGUUUAGUGUACAUGCCUUACAACAUGUUUGACUUACGAAAAAAUCGACUUACGUACAGAACUCUGGAACCUAACUUUUUCGUAAGUAGGGGAGUCCCUCUAUGUUGAACUUCUUGUACACCGUACGCAGGCCAAACGCGUUAAUCGGAGUUAAAGCCCAGCCAUGUUUUUUUCUGCUUUAAACAAAUGCUGCUGGGAAGAAUAAGAAAAACAAUUGCUGUUGAAUACACCAAUCAGAUCACACGGAACCUUUGUACGCACGUGUCAUUUACAUUAUCAACGUGUGGAUAAGGUAGAGCACAAAAUGGGACCUUUUUAUAGUAUCAAAGUAUGAAAAAAUAUGAGUAGGUGUUUACCCUUUCUGGUAAUAAAACAGGAGUUGUGUUAAUAUGUUUAAACGUCAAAUAGAUAAACCUUUUGCAAGGAAUCGAAUCUGCAUUAUGGG